UAGUAGUACUACUCAAAAAACGAACACGCACACAAUGAGGCGGAGCCACCAGCGGAGGCGGCGGUUCUCCUCCGAUUCCGACGCGGAUUUCGAAGAGGAAGAAGAAGAAGACGCCGACGACGCGUCGUCCUCGGCGGCGGCGCGGCGACGGUUGAGGGUGAUGAAGUGCCUGUCGUGCAAGGAGGACUACGGCGAUCGCAGCGCCGGCACGUGCCGUGAGUGCUACGAGGAGGCCGGCGAGACGGAGGAGGAACACAAGCGAGAGAUUGAGGAACUCAAGUCCAAGGUCAAUUUCCUCCGUCUCCUCUGUUCCACCUCCAACUCCGCAGCUAAGGCCAACACCCCCUGCUUCUCCGACGUCGUUUUGGUCGCCUGUGGAUCGCCGGAUUCCCCCGAUAUGCUCUGCAACUCCCCCUCCAUCCCCGCCCAUCGCGCUGUUUUGGCGAGUCGAUCGCCGGUAUUUAGGGCAAUGCUUGAAAACGAGAUGGAGGAGAGGCUGAGCGGGACAAUCAAGAUGAAGGACGUCUCAUAUGAUGCGCUCCGAGCCUUCGUCAACUAUCUCUACACCGCAGAAGCUUGCCUUGACGAGAACAUGGCUUGCGAUCUCUUGAUUUUGGCUGAGAAAUACCAAGUGAAGCACCUCAAGACCUACUGCGAGAAAUAUCUCAUGUCCAGACUCAACUGGGAGAAUUCCCUCCCUUACUACGCCUUCGCCCACCAGCACUGCGCCAAGACCCUGCUAGACUCCGCCCUCUCCCUCGUCCUUGACCACAUGGACAAGGUCACCAAGCGGGACGAGUAUGCCGAGCUGGUUGACAAGGAUCCCCGUGUUGUCGUUGACAUCUACGAAGCCUAUCUCUCCAAGCAGAUCAACACUGCUGCCACCAAAGAUUCAACACCCAAGGCCCCUUCCUAGCUGUGAGUUGCUCUAUUGCAGUUUGCUUUGGGAUCAAUUGCAAGAAACAUUCCAUCGAACAUGUUGGGUUUAUUUGUGAUCGACAAAACUUACAUUUAGAUAUAAAUGAUAAUGGCAUUAUCUAUUAUGCA